CAGCUAUGUGGUGAGUUAGUUGCUACUAACGAUCGGUGCGGUAUUCUCUCGCGGUUUAGGUUUUCGCGUUGUCGCGACGUCGGCUCCUCGAGGAAGAUAACAGCAAGUUAUUCUUAUCAGAUCUUACAGAUGAGCAGCUCAAAUCUUGUUUGUUGACUACAGCUUGUGCCUUCGGUGAUCAUCAUCAGAGAAAAAGCCGAAACCUCACUCCCCAAAGGGUUGAUGAAAACAUCACAUCGAGAAAUGCUCGGUUCCUCAUCUAAUAAUAAACUCGCUAACUUCAACGAUUGCACCUUCCAAAGAUGAAUCCAACCCGGUACGAAGCCGAUCCCAGCAUCCACGAGCUUCGUCGGGUGGAAAAUCCUGUGACCAGCGCUAACCCGAUCUCCCGGUACACUUUCUGGUGGUUGAAGGAUCUGUUCCGAGCGGGACUUAAACGACCCAUCGAGGGUGCGGAUAUCUACGAGACGCUUUCGGCACACCAGAGCGAGCAGUUGUCGUACCAAUUCGAGGAUCGAUGGCGGUCGGAGCUGAAGAAAAGCAAACCCAGCUUCUUCAGGGUGAUAUGUGAGAUCUACGGGUGGACCAUCAUUUCCCGCGGGUUGAUGUAUACCUCGGUGGACUCGUUUGCGAGAAUUUUCCAACCGCUCUGCCUCGGCGGAUUGGUAUCCUACUUUGCACCCGGCCAGCGCAACGUCAGCGAAACGGAAGCGUACUACUAUGCGGCCGGAAUCGUGCUCUGCUCGUUUGUGCCGGUGGCCAUUUUUCACCAUUUCAUCCUUUACAUCUUCCAGAUUGGGAUGAAGAUCCGGGUUGCGUGCUGCUCGCUGCUAUACAAAAAGGCACUGAGAAUCACGAAAGCGGCCGGCACCGACGGAAUCACCGGACAGGUGAUUAAUUUAAUGUCCAACGAUGUCGCCAAGUUUGACAUUGCCACCGGCUUCGUGCAUGACAUCUGGAAGGGCCCAAUCGAGCUACUGGUGCUGGGGUUUUUCAUCUACCGAGAGAUUGGCGUGGCCGGUCUGAUUGGAAUUGUGUUUCUGCUCAGCUUCAUUCCGCUGCAAGGCUGGGUUGGAAAAAAGGCGGCUUCCUACCGACUGAAAACCGCCACCCGCACCGAUCGGCGGGUGCGCUUCAUGAACGAAAUCAUCCAGGGCAUCCAGGUGAUCAAGAUGUACGCCUGGGAGGAUAGCUUCGGUCGUAUGGUGGACACCAUCCGGCGGCGGGAGAUUAACGGCAUCCGGGGUACAUUGUUCAUACGGGCCGGGUUGCUCUCGUUCAACCUGGUGUCGAAACUGUCGAUAUUUCUAAGCCUGGUCGGUUACUGCUAUUCGGGCAAUGUGUUUACUGCUAGCAAGGUUUUCAUUGUGACCUCAUACUUCAAUCUGCUAUACAGCUCGAUGUUGCACUUUUGGCCGCUGGCGGUGACUUCCGUGGCGGAGGGUAUGAUAUCGAUAAGGCGAAUUCAGGAGUUUCUGUUGCUGCCGGAGCGGAAGCUGCUGGAUAGCGAACGGGCCGUCGCUAAUGGACAGAAGGGCGAAGAGGGGGAAAUCAGGUUGAUGGAAAGCGUAAAAAUGGCCAAUGGUGAUGAUACGGUCAAGAUAAAGACAGCGACGGGGGUGGGGAAAGUGAAAAGUAAACGUUUUUUCAACAAGAAGUGUGUCGCUCGGAGGGGCGUUUUCUUGCGGAACGGAACCGCAUGCUGGAACAAGGAUGCCGUGAAUGGAAACACCAAUGUUGUAGGUAUCGGAAAUCUUACGCUGACUGUUGAACCAUCAAAGCUUUGUGCGGUUGUCGGUCCUGUAGGGAGCGGUAAGUCGACGCUGCUGCAGGUAAUCCUCGGAGAGCUGGAACUGGACGAUGGUCGGCUGGAGAUAUACGGAAACAUCAGUUACGCUUCACAGGAGCCGUGGCUCUUUGAGGGCACGGUGAAGAAUAACAUUGUUUUCAUAGAGGAUUACAACGAAAAGCGCUACCGUGAGGUGGUGAGAGUUUGUGCCUUGGAGAGGGACUUCCAGCUGCUACCGCAAGGGGAUGGAACAAUCGUUGGUGAACGAGGAAUCAGUCUGAGCGGAGGUCAGAGAGCAAGAAUAAGUCUAGCCAGAGCGGUUUAUAGGAAGGCGGAAAUUUAUUUGCUGGACGAUCCGCUUUCAGCUGUCGAUACCCACGUUGGAGCACAUAUUUUCGAGCAAUGCAUAAGGGAAUACUUGAGGGACAAAGUUUGCAUACUGGUAACGCACCAGCUUCAGUAUCUGAAGGAAGUUGAGCACAUUGUUCUGAUGAAUAUGGGUGCAGCGGAGGCUCAGGGGUCGUACCGUAGCUUGGAGGCAGCCAACACUUUCCCGUUGCUCGCCGCACUACAGCAAGAACAGGAUGCGAAAGAGUCGCAGCAAGACCAGGACCGAAUAGAAGAGUGUGUCAUCGACAGUGAGAGUGAAUUCGUUGAUGACAAGAGCGACACGUUGCAACAGAAGCUUCCCUAUGCGGAUCCGCUUUCGGUUGAUAGAGUACACUUCGAACCAACAGCAGUUUCCGCCACGAUAGCUCACUCGAACUCGACCCUUUACCAACCGUCUCCAUUCUCAUCCAGCGGUGUGGUAUUCGAUGAAGUCGACGAUGGCGGCGGAAGGAGCAGCACGCCCAUCGGCCGCCGCCGCCGGAAGCAAGGACAUCAACAUGUGGCAAACGGGGCGUCGAAAAGUGGCGCCGGAAAGGAGGGAGUAGGAGACGAUGGAGAUGGUAUUAAAACAGCCACCGACCAGGUCAACACAGAAUCUCAAAUUACCGGUACCGUUGGGUUCGGGGUGUACAAGAGUUAUUUUGCCGCAGUCGAGAGCGUGGCGCUUGUGGUGUUGGUAGCGACGCUUUUCCUUCUCGCCCAGGGUGCGAUGAGCGGAAUCGAUUACUUCAUCUCGCAGUGGGUCAACUACGAGGAGUUCGUCAGCCAAAAUGUCACGGCACGGAACACAACAUCCGAACCGAUUCGCUCAAAGUUGGAAGGAACGAUUUUUAUGGAUCUCACCAGAGAACACUAUCUGGCCAUCUACACGGGAGCGAUGGCCGUGAUGCUGUUCCUCUCGCUCAAUCGUUCAUUUUCGUUCUUCUAUCUCUGUCUGCGGGCAUCGAUUCGGCUGCAUGACCAAUUGUUCCGGGGGAUAACCCGUGCUACGAUGUAUUUUUUCAAUACGAAUCCCUCUGGUCGGAUACUGAACCGAUUCUCCCGGGAUAUCGGCUGCAUCGACAUUUUCCUGCCGUCCGCCAUGAUGGACUGUAUUCUGUUUUUUGUGGAAUUUACCGCCAUCAUCAGUCUGGUGGCCAUCGUUAACUACUGGCUGUUGCUUCCGACGGCUGUCAUGGGGGUCCUCUUCUUCAUUCUCCGACAUAUUUACACCAACACGGCCCGCAGUAUCAAACGGGUGGAAUCACUGACACGCAGUCCAAUUUUUUCGCACGCAAAUGCGUCCUUCCAGGGGCUAACGACGAUCCGAGCCUUUGGGGCGGAGAAAAUUGUAGCCUACGAGUUCGAUAAGCAUCAGGAUUUGAACACCUCGGCGUGGUACUUGUUCCUGUCAACGACACGUGCCUUCGCCCUCUGGCUGGAGAUGGUUUGUGUCCUCUACAUCGGCGCGGUUACGUUCAGCUUUCUGCUGAUGGGGAGUACAAUGAGCGGCAGCGUGGGUCUCGCAAUCACCCAGGUGUUUAACCUAAUCUUCAUGUGCCAGUGGGGAAUGCGCCAGACAGCCGAGUUGGAAAAUCAGAUGACCUCGGUCGAACGGAUCAUCGAGUACGCUGAAGUGCAAUCGGAACCCCCGCUGGAAACGAUCGAUCCACAGAAGAAACCUCCGACAGAUUGGCCAACGGCUGGCGCGAUUGAGUUCGAGUGCUUUUCGCUCCGCUAUUCGGCCGAUGGCGAACCGGUGCUGAGGGAACUGAAUUUGGCGAUCGAGGCAAAGGAGAAAAUUGGUAUCGUUGGCCGCACUGGAGCUGGCAAGUCCUCGAUCAUCCAAGCACUGUUUCGGCUAGCGGUAAACGAGGGUAUGAUUAAAGUGGAUGGAAUCGACUUGGGAGCACUGGGACUGCACGAUUUGCGGAAGAAAAUUUCCAUUAUUCCGCAGGAUCCCGUACUGUUCUCGGGGACAGUGCGAGAGAAUAUGGAUCCGUUCGGGCAGUACCAGGAUGACGAUAUGUGGCGAGCGUUGGAACUGGUAGAACUGCGCGAAGUGGUUCAGCAGAUGGAGGGAGGACUGGACGGAAAAAUGGCGGACGGUGGCUCGAACUUUAGUAUGGGUCAGCGGCAAUUAGUUUGUUUGGCAAGGGCAAUUUUGGGGAACAACAAAGUUUUGAUCCUCGAUGAAGCCACUGCCAAUGUGGAUCGGGAGACGGAUAAAUUGAUUCAGAGAACCAUUCGAACUCAGUUCGAGAACUGCACCGUACUGACAAUUGCACAUCGGCUGCACACGGUUAUGGAUAGCGAUAGGGUACUGGUUAUGGAUGCCGGGGAGGCGGUUGAGUUCGGGCGACCCCAUGAUCUGUUGCAGAAACCCGAUGGCUUUCUGCGGAAGCUGGUCACCCAGACCGGCAAAGUAACGGCGGCUGCGUUGGAGGACAUUGCUAGAAAUUGUUUAAGGGAGAAUAAUACAACAAGUUGAGUGGUUUUUAAAUACAUGCGUGCUCUUCAUAUAAUGCUCGUGUACUUAGGUUUAAAAAAUUGAAAAAAAAGAUCUGAACACAAAUCGAAUAGACCCCUAUAGGGAAAAGGUCCACAGUUCGGUAGAUAUUUCUUAUACAAUAAAACAUUGAGUACGUCAUAAAGUAUACUCGAUUGAUC